UCUCCUAAUUACGCCCAAAUUAGGAUGCUCUGUGGACUUUGACCAAGAAGGCGUCCUUGGAUAGAAUGUGGCGGUGCACCCCUGUAACACCUGAACUUUGGAGGUAGAGGCAAGAGGAUCAGGAGUUGAAGGUCAUCCUUGCGUACACACAAAGAAUUCCAAGCCUCCCAGGCCUUCAGAAACUGUCUGAAACAGAAGGCAGCGAUGGCUGCUUACUGUGGUUGUGAAGCGAGGGACAGGAAUGCGGAGCCGGAGUACACCUGGUUUUUUCUAGAGUAAAGACAAUCUGUACAGUCUUCUGAGGUGAGACGAGACCAGAAGGUCCAUCCUUGACCAGAAGGGUCCAUCCUUGGUCUUUGAAGAGAGACCAAGACGAAGCGACAGUUCAGAAUGCUCUUCGGGGGACACAGUUUGGCUUACACAUUGGUAAUCAUUUCCUUCCUGACACCAAGGCUGUCCGCUGGUCAGAACUGCUUCACCAAGAGCCUGGAGGAUGUUGUCAUCGACAUUCAGUCUUCGCUUUCCAAAGGCAUCAGAGGCAAUGAGCCCAUACACAUGGCAGCUCAGGAAGACUGCAUCGGUGCCUGCUGUUCAACACACGACAUAGCCGGGGACAAGUCAUGUAAUUUGAUGAUCUUCGACACCCGGAAGACAGACAGACAGCCCAACUGUUACCUGUUUUUCUGUCCCAGUGAGGACGCCUGUCCACUGAAGCCAGCCAAGGGCCUUGUGAGCUACAGGCUCUUCAGAGAUGUUCCACUGACCAGAGCUAAUUCAUCACUCCAAAAGUUAACACAAGAGGAGUCUCUCUUACUUGGCCACGCCUUACCAGGAGUCACCCCUGGGGUCCCUCCCCCAGCAGGCUACCCAAAGCCCACCGGCCUGUUUUGGAGAGACUUAUCUUCUCCGAAGUCCACAACCUCCCUGCACUUGCAGAAAUACAUCCAGGUUGAUGACGCAAGCACGCAGCCCCCUUCCUAUGAAGGGAAAAACCAUUCUCAGAGCUUACAGCUUCCCUCAGAACUAAACAUGGUUCACCUGCUCCCUAAAACGCCUCCAUUUCCCACUGUGGCUCCCCGCGGUAGUAACGUCUCUGCCACCCUGAAACCUGCACUUCUGCUGGCCAGCAUUUCAGUGACACCUAAGACUUCACGGCCGAAGGACGCCACCACAGUUCCACACGUAACCACUGUGACCUCGGAGUCUCCAGCAGUCCCCGUGUCUACAGGUUUUAUACCCGUGGUUUCACCCCAGGCAGCUUUGACGACCAUCCUUCAAGCACAUACAGACUCGAAAGGCAUCUUCAAAACAGUGCCCUUUCGAGGAGGCUCCAAGCUAACUUCAGACACGAGGCAUGGGAAGCGCCCUGCUGCCACUUCUUUGUCAACCUCAGAGUCUUCCGUUAUAAACAAGACUGCCCCCUGGGAGAACGGGAGGAUCAGUGUAGGCAGCAUACCACGGAACAGGGGUCCAAACACCCGGCAUGGCCUUUCAUUUGAGAAAUGGCUUCUCAUUGGGACCCUCCUCUUCGGUGUUUUGUUUCUGGUAAUAGGCCUCGUCCUCUUGGGUAGGAUGCUGGUUGAAUCCCUCCGUAGGAAACGCUAUUCAAGACUUGACUACUUGAUCAAUGGGAUCUAUGUUGACAUCUAAAGACAAAUUCGGUAUCUCUCACUUCAUGUAAGAUCUCGUUGCCAAAUGCCACCUGCGUUCCUUCUGCCCAGCCCAUCUCAGCAGGAAUUAUAUUUUGAAAAAUAGCCCUAUUUCCCUCUCCCUCCUCCUCCUCCUCCUCCUCCUCCUCCUCCUCUUCCUCCCCCUCCUCCUCCUCCUCCUCCUCCUCCCCCUCCCCCUCCUCCUCCUCCUCUUCCUCCUCUCCUCCUCCCCCCUCCUCCUUCCCUUCCUUUUUGAAACAGGCUGGGGUAGCCCAGGACGGUUUUGAACUCUUGAUCUUCCUACCUCUGUCUCCUAAAUUCAGGGGUUGCAGAUUUUCACUACCAUGUCUGGAUUUUUAAUUAAAGAAAAAAUUUUUUAAAAUUCUUUGUGCAAGGUCAGGGCCUUCUGCAUGCUCAACAAGCUGUCUCCUCCUAAGCCACACCCUCAGCCCCACCACUUUCUUUGUUUGACUUUUGUUUUUGUUGUUUUUGUUUUGUUUUGUUUUUAAGAGGAAGCGAGAAGGAAUAAAAGAAACUAAGUUACUGAGGGUGUAUCGAUCUGUCUGUAAAAUAGUAGCUGAAAAUAAUUCCCAACUAAAAUAUUAAGUAUAAACUAGAAGUGUGUCUCCGGCUGUAGGUAAAGACCGCUCAGGUUUAGGACGUCUGAGUUGAUUCAUUACUGUUUCCCUUUCCAGAUAAUGACAACCGUUUGAUACUAGUCUUAAUGGACUGAAGUAUUUUCUUUUCUUUUUUUUAUGAAUUCCAAUAAAACUCAUUCCAGAUGUAUCUCCCUCCAAUUAAAUAUUUGAAUAAA